AUGAACGGAGUUAAAAAACUCAAGAGUGAGUCAACUGAGUUGCCUGAUUGUGUUAUAUCGCAUAUCUUUUCCAUGUUAAGUUUGAAGAAUUUGGUGAAAACUAGUGCUUUGUCCAAACAAUGGUAUCACGAAUGGGAAUUAAGGAAGGACCUCACUUUUGAUCUCCAUAACAUGUUUGACUAUAAUACAGUUCCGGACUUACCAAUAACCCUUCCACUCUUUCAACAGGUUCAAUCUCAAUUUGCUGCAAGUUUGGAUAAUUUCAUGCAGAAAUAUCAUGGUGACAUUAUCAGUUCAAUCCGAGUAAAUUUUCCAUUAGGUGUCGAUCAUACUUAUGCCAUUGAUGGAUUGAUACACAAAGGAGUUGUUAAGGGUGCUAAUCGUAUUGAGCUCCUCUUCGCUUAUGAUACUGAUUUUAAAAUAGAGCCAUACAAAUUUUUAUUUCCUUUCUUGUCAAGCAAUAAUUCUGUGACAUAUCUGCACUUACAGAACUGCCACAUAGCGGGACCUAUGGAAUUUUCUGGAUUGAAGAAUUUGACAACUCUUGUGUUGCAUCUCGUUCCUGUGAAGCAAAAUAUGUUUCGGGACUUGUUUUUUAACUGCACACAUCUUGAGAACUUCAAUCUUAACGAAUGUACCUUCUUAUCUGAUUUAAGAAUAAGGAGUACAACGUUGCUUCAUUUGAACAUUGACUGCGGGCGUAUCAUUACAAAGGUCACACAAGCGAGGAAAAUUGAUAUCAUUGCAUCGAAUCUCUUAUCAAUUGAAUAUUCUUCAAAGUGUAUCUAUUCACGCAGAUUGCACAUAUUGAACAUUAAGUCUCAUACCUUAUGCCAGUUUAACUACAGAUGUAUUGAAAUUUCUAAUCUUGUUAACUUUUCAGGAAUGAAAAAUGUGACAACAAUUGUGUUGGAUGGACUGCGUGAAUAUGUAAAAAGUGAUGUGGUAACUCAUUUGUUUUCUAAAUGUCUCCGGCUUGAAGAUGUCACCUUUAAGAAGUGCCGCUUCACGUGGGGGGAUAUGAAAAUUAUCAGUGCAAAGUUGCGUCAUUUGGGCAUAAUUGAUUGUCACUAUAAUAAUCCUUAUAAGAUAGAUAUUGAUGCUUUGAAUCUCUCAUCUUUUGAAUAUAGAGGUUACACGAUGCCCAUAAUCUCUGUUGUGGCUCCAAAGUUAUUGAAGGUUUUUUGGGAUGCAGGUUUCAGAGAGAUAAAUGUAUAUAACUUUGCUACAAUUGUAAAAUUACAUCAGGUUGAGAAUUUAACUAUGAAUAUAGGCUUUUCACUGAUAUCCAAGAUAAAGAAGGAUUUGGUUGGAUUUCAAAAUCUUAGACAUUUGGAAUUAUUUAUUGUUGGAGCAUACAAUCCUAAUAUGGACUACUUUUGGAUUUUAGAUAUUGCAAUGGCUUCUCAGCAUCUCCAAAAACUUUCUCUAACAAUUAAAAAUGGACAUACGGAAAUAUCACAUAUGGUUGGAUCUCAAAGGCAAAGAAGAGAGUAUGUGAGGUUUAUUCACAAUGGUUUAAAAUAUGUGGAUUUACAUGGUUGUGUUUGCUCCAUAAAUGUAAUUGAGUUAGCAAGUCAUCUAUUGAGGAGUGCAACUUUGCUUAAGCAAAUUACUUUAAGUUCUCGUCACAAUUACUAUACUGGUGCUGGAACACGGUCUAAGGGCUCCGAUGGUUGUUGUUGGUUUGAACGGAAUCUUAUUCAUGAACAUCUUAAAGAUGAAGUAAAUGAACAAUGUCAGCUUAUAAUUUUGUAG